CCAGAGAGGAUCAUAGGAGAGCCGCUGACGGCCCCCAAAAAAAAAAAGAGGGGGUUCUUUUGGUGAUUUUCAGGGAUUCUUUUUGGUCCAUUUUUGAACUUCUUCUGGGUUUUGAAAGCAGUAGAGGGGAGAGAAAGAGCAGCAGAUCCCGGCCGGAUUCCGGCGACAUUGCGGUCUCCCUUAGCUAGGUAACUUCCUGAUCCGAACACGUAAGGGGCGCCUUCGGGUUUUUGCCUCCGGGACUACUCCAAAACGGUGUACCCGGAAGCAUGACGACCUACAAAACGCCUCUUACGUGCCUGUUUGUUCAUUUGGUGAUGGAUUUUUUGGUUGAAUGUACUGUCCACUUUAAUCUUGAAUAUACAUGCUCAGUUUUAGUUUAUGUUGGUGCAUUUUGAAUGCAAUUAGGCUCCAUUAGGUCCUGGUUUUGGUAUUUGAUUUUCUCGAUUUUUUUUUGCAAUUUCUUUCGAUUUUUAACUUUUGCCGGAGUCUGGAAAUUCCCGCGGAUUGUUUAGACCGGGAGAGUUUCCAGACCACAGUAGUGGAGUAGAUAAUGAGGUAACUUUUCUCCCGCUUAUAAACCAGAUAUUUGCUUGGAUCUACUUAAGCGCAACCCAAAGUUGGCCGUACGCGAAUGUCGGAGAAUUGGGGAUGACGAAAACAGAUGGGAGAGAUCUCCUAUUUUUAUGAUGUCACGUCAACCCAAUGCAUUCUUUAGUGGAUGCGGGCUUCGGUUUUGGCAACUAAGGAUUUACGGUUGGUUAAAGGUAGAACUACCCACAAUUUCUUCUGGUGAACUACGAAUUCCUGUUACGACUACGAUCUCAGAGAAAAGAACAUCGAAAUAUAAGAGAUUUACUCUUGGAAUAUUUGAUCGACAUGUUAGAUUGAGCUUAAUACUCCAAAAUUUCUCUGGAAUCAAACAAAUUUAUAAUUUGAAGUUGAUGCAUCUCUAUAACUUUGAGAUUCUUCGAUGUAUGGGUAACCAUAUUUCAACAUUAAAAGUUCAAUCUCUGCGGGAUUGUGAAGUGGAUGACGCGAUGUUUGAAGCUACCAAGCAGGGCAUUGUUGAAUUCGUCGUUGAGCUAUUGAAAAUAACCCAACCACUCAUUUUCCAUAAUGAUGAUCGCAGACACGUUUUCAUGAUAGCAAUCCAAUAUCGUCAAGAAAACAUUUUCAGCCUCCUAUAUGGCAUUAAUGAGGGAUGGAAAGCCCAUAUUCUUAAUCAGACAGAUGGAGACAGGAAUAAUAUGUUACAUGUGGCAGGGGAGAUAGCUCCUCCCUCUCAACUUGCCCGAAUCUCCAGCCCUGCAUUGCAUAUGCAAAGAGAAGUACAAUGGUUUAAGGAGGUGGAAAGAAUUGUUCCAGAAUGGUGCAAAAAAUCUAAAAAUUAUUAUGGUGAAACCCCUUACGAAGUAUUUUCAAGGAGCCAUAAAGAGUUAGUGAACGAGGGGGAAAAAUGGAUGAGGGACAUGGCAAAUUCUUUUAUUGUUGUCGGUACUCUCAUUAUUACGAUCACGUUUGCUGCAGUCUUUACUGUUCCAGGCGGCAAUGCUCAAGAUGGGUUUCCCAAUUUUUUACAGAAAAGAUCAUUUAUGAUAUUUAUAAUGUCUGAUGCGAUUUCCUUCUUUACUGCAUCAGCUUCAGUCUUAAUGUUUAUGGGAAUCCUAGCAUCGCGCUUCGACCCGGUAGAUUUUCUCGAGUCCUUACCCAAGAAGUUGAUCAUUUUCCUCUCCACUAUUCUUACUUCUAUUGCAGCAAUGACGGUUAGCUUUUCUGCUGCUCUUUGGAUUAUACUACAGCAUCGACCGUGGGCAAUCAUUCCCAUAAUUAUAAUGGCUAGCAUUCCAGUUACAUUUUUUGUAUUGUUGCAGUUUCCCCUCCUUGUUGAAAUUUAUUCUUUGACAAAUGCUACGGGAAUAUCUUUUGACAGAAAAAUGAAGCCUUGGCUGUAGUGGAGAUCAAGUUGAUUGAUUUUUCUGGAACAUAAGCGAGCAGUUUCCCCUUCAAGUUGAAAUCCUUUAGCUUGUUCUUUGGUUAUGUUUGUUGGAACUUCUAAUUUCCCUGUUCAAUUUGGUUGGCUUAUCAGAUUUUUUGCUUUUAAUUAUGAGACUCUGGUCUAUGUACCUCCCCAUUGUGUAAAAAUAAUAUUAAUCAUCCAUG